AUGGGCAAGUGUCACAGUCUUCAUACUGCCAGGAAGCUCUGUAGCCACCAACGAGAUCAGAAGUGCGGUGAUAAACAGUACAAGAAAGCCCAUUUGGCCACAGCCCUUAAGGCCAACCCUUUUGGAGGUGCUUCCCAUGCAAACGGAAUUGUACUGGAAAAAGUAGGGGUUGAAGCCAAACAGCCAAAUUCUGUCAUCAGAAAGUGUGUUAGGGUCCAGAGGCUCAAGAAUGGCAAAACAAAAAAAAAAAUCACAGCCUUCGUACCCAAUGAUGGUUGCUUGAAUUUUAUGGAGAAAAAUGAAGUUCUGGUUGCUAGAUUUGGUUGCAAAGGUCAUGCUAUUGGUGACAUUCCUGAAGUCUUCCUUUAG